AUGCUGGGCGUGAUGAACAUCAUCACCGGGAACUUUGUCUCGGCUGCCAUGGAGCGAUCCCAGUCCGUGAAGGACGUAGACAAUGUCUUCCAAGCACGGCGUCUCUUCAAAAGUCUCGACAUCGAUGACAGCGGUGCUAUUACGAUCGACGAGAUCCGGCGGCAUUUGGAGUCCAAGCCCGUGCAGCAGUUUUUCAGGACCAUCGACGUGGACUCCUCUGAGGCAGAGGUGUUGUUUGAGAUCCUGGACUUGAGCGGGGACGGCUCCAUCGACAAAGAGGAGCGACUCUUUUUCAUGCGCAACAUGGAUUUUGAGUUCAUCAGCGGCUGCCUGCGGUUACAAGGUGCAGCCAGGGCUGUCGACCUGCUACUCAUGACCAAGGACACCCGCAGAGGCCGGGUGACGGAUGGCUUGAGAGGGAGUUGA